CCCGAGGAUUAUUGAAGUCAACUUGUUCACCGAUGAAGAACAAGGCGGCAAAGCAGAAAGGAAAGCGAAAGGGUGCAAAGGACACUGCAUUUGGCUGUGACCUGGGCGAAUACUUACAGAACUCCAAUCAGGAUGUUCCGCAAGUCCUCAAAAGCUGUGCAGAGUUCAUUGAAAAACACGGCAUUGUAGAUGGGGUCUACAGACACUCAGGGAUUACAUCCAACAUUCAAAGGCUAAGGCAGGAAUUUGGCACGGAACAGCGUCCUGACCUGACCAAGGAAGUGUACCUACAAGACAUCCACUGUGUGGGUUCUCUCUGCAAGCUCUACUUCCGAGAACUCCCCAAUCCUCUCCUCACAUAUGAACUCUACAAAAAAUUCACAGAAGCUGUUGCUGCUCAGUCAGAGGAGGAGCAGCUGUUAAGGAUCCAGAAUGUCAUCAAAGAGCUUCCUCCUCCACAUUACAGAACUUUGGAAUACCUGAGCAAACAUCUAACACACAUAGCUUCCUUUAGCACCAAGACAAACAUGCACUCCAGAAACCUGGCCCUUGUCUGGGCUCCCAAUCUGCUGAGGUCAAAGGAAAUAGAAGGAUCUGGUUAUAACAAUGAUGCCGCAUUUCUGGAAGUGCGCGUUCAGUCCAUUGUUAUUGAAUUUAUCCUGAAUCAUGUCAGCCAGCUAUUCAACAGCAACACCGCCCAGGCCAAACAGGACUUGGAAGCACACAAUCCUGUUGCUAAGUGCAAGUCACUUCCUAUUGUAUCACCGUCCAUGAAGCUCUUAUCCCUGGAGGAGGCUCAGGCUAGGACCUUGAAACCAGACCAUCCUGCUCGCCUUGAGAAAAUACAUUGUGUUCCAAUGGACACCGGACUUGCUGCUGGGACCAUUUAUCAUACAGUCAUCGACCUGCCAGAUCCUAGAAGAAAGCUUUCUGCAAAGCCGAAGAAGUGGAAAUCCAUAUUUAACCUGGGGCGACUGGGAAGCGACUCGAAGGGCAAACUAAGCAGGAAUGGCAGUGUGUUCGUGAGAGCGCCUCUGUUUGCAGAAAAGGGCAACAUCCGCCCUGCGAAGAGUAUGGAGUCCCUUUGCUCCUUGCCAAUAGAAGAUGACGAGAAAGGGGUUCGAUUCAAACAUUGUGGAACUCUGGGAGGAGGUCUCUCAGCGUCUAUGAAAUCACACACUCUUGGAUCGGGAAGUUCCUACAGUCUGGGUCGGAGGCACAGCGAUUGGGAUCAAGAAGACCUGGUGGGUGCAAUUGGAGGAUGUAUGGGUAACAUUAGCCCAGGAACACGUGAAAAAGAGCCAACCAUUUUAAAGGCACAACCACAGCAGCCGAAAGCUUCUCGUGGAGAUGCCAUCAACAAAUUGGAACCAUCACCGAAGACUAGACGGUUGUUUUACUCAACAAAUCUCAAUGAUUCUUCACCAAAGUCUAAUUUCCCGGGUAAUUUGUUUCCCCUUGAAGCAUCCCCUCGGCAUCAUAGAAAGCCAAUGGCAGUGAAUAUUUCUGAGCCCUUUUCUGUUUCUGUGCCACUACACGUCUCAGGAAUUAUCAGCCCUAGUGCCACAUCCUGUAAGGAAGCGCGAAACAAUGGACAAGUUCUGAAUGACACGGGAUCACAGGAGACAACGGACAGGCCAUCAGAAGCUGAAAGCAGCGGAACUUCCAAGGCCAGUGAAGAGAAGGCAGAUCUGCUCAGUACGCAGACUGAUUCAGACCAGCAUGAGUUGACUGAUGAAAAGGACAGUGAAAACGAGGGAUCGAAGUCUGAACCCCCUGUUAUCUCUACAGAUUCAACAUCCCAGAAUCAACCAGAGCUCUCCCUAAAUCCCACACUCCAGGACUCUGAUUCACAGCAGCCUCUCUUCUCAGAGCCAACUACUACCGCAUCUGUUCCUCUAAAUCCUUUAGAAAACACAAAGUUGGAAGAAGCACCUUCUCCAAUUGUUUCGUCGACAGAGAAACUAUGUGAAACUAAAACUGAAAAACGUUGUAGUGGGAGCAGUGAAGAACAGCCAGCAACUAAACCGGACACAGAUAACUCUGUCAUGGAGCAUCUGUGGCCCCUUACCAAAGAACUUAAGAUCAUUGAACCUGAGGAGAUCACCGGGCCUGAUGUCUUUCUGGAAAAUAUGGAAGAAAAGUUUGUCCAAUCCCAUGAUACUAUGUAUACAUCCUUGCCUGAUGCCUCGAAGGUAGCAAAUAUGUCUGGGCAUCAAAGAAUGCACAGUCUCCCUAACCUCUUUUCACAAAGUUCACCUCUAAUGCUUGAAAGUGAUCCUGAAGAAAUCUCUCUCCAGUCCACAGGUAGUCAAUGUUCCAGUGAAUGGGACAGCACCAAGAUACCCGGUCAAAUCCAGGCUACUGGGUCCUUACUGAACCCUUCCUCCGAGAUGGAGCAUACACAGUCAAUAACUGAUCAAAAUAUUUUGAAGGCAAUAACAGAGAGCUCACCAACAGAGUGCUUUGGAGCAUCUGUAGAUUCAAGUCAAUUAAUUGAUAUUAAUUCAGAUGCAAAGGAUCAACAUUCAAUUGCUUCUCAAGAAUUUCAGUCUUCAGAAUCUUGCAUUAACAAACUUGGAUCAAACGCAGAAUUAGAUAUUAAAUUUUCAGAACUAUGCUCAGAUGGUUUGCACACGGGGGCAGAACAUUCAGGGCAAAAUCUUUCCUGCAAUGAAGUAGUUCAUGAGGGGCAAAUGGCAGAUAUUCAGUCAGACCUGAAAUCUGAAGCUUUGCCGGCUGAUACCGGUGAGCCUGGCGCCCCUGGCAAACAGUGGACGGACAGCGACACACCAAAUCGACCCAGCUCCCCUUCAUUCCAGCUGGUUGAAGCCAAAAGCGAUGAGGAAGACUGCUUGGGAAAGCUGUCACCGGAUAUACGGCCAGACGAAUGGCGAUAUGCUGAUCAGGAUUUAUGGCCCCUUGAUGCUUGUGCGGAUAAAGUAGCUCCUGGAGAGUAUUAUGAUGUGCCAUAUCAAUCUGCUAACAAGAAGACUGAUUGGAAUGAUCAGAGCCCAGAGACUCCUUCACCAAUUUGUAACGGUGAACUUUUAAACAAUAGCUGUCCUGUGACCAAGCCUGUAAACGCCCUGAAUGAAAUAGAGGCAAUCUCCACGCAAACACAGCUAACUGGUUUAGGAGCUGAAGAUGAUGCUUUAGCAUCUUCUCAACUGGAUGGUCUACAUAUUGGAAGCACUGGGGCAACACCAUGCUUAGAGAGCGUCAAUGCGAUGUCAACAGUGGCAACGCCUGAUAGCACUGAGGAAGGACACUUCAAGUCUGAAGAUAGGCCACCAAUAUUUGCUUCACAUUCAGCCAAUAACAAACCUUCUGUACCCGAUGGAUCCCCAGUGCAGUCAUUCCCAGUUGGCGUCACUGCUAUUCGAACAACCUACAUGAUAAAAAUGUGUCAGGUCAAAGCAAUUCCCGUCAUUCCACCGAAGGUACAGUUUACGCAGGUCCCCCAGCCUUUGCCAAAGAAGAACCUCACACUCCCCUCCCUCCCUCUGGACAAAGUACUAACGAUUCUGCAGCCAGUGACACUGUGUGAAUCAAAUUGCCCUGAAAGCAAACAAAGGCUGGAUCCGCCUGUAACCAAUUCACCAAUGGCGGAACCUAAAGACGGGAAGGAAAAUGGUCUGCCGAAGUCUCAAGCGCCAGAUCAUGCAAAGUGUGCCAUCUCUGCAGAGAGUUCGCUCUCCCAGUCCAAAACCAGUCAGGCGAAAGGGGAAGAUCUACCAGACAGCUCUGUGCCUUUGAGAACAGAAAGAUCCGCAGCGCAGCAGAAGCCUGCGUUUACGCGACACGUACAGAACAGGGCGAAGGCGAGCAGGCCCCAGAGCCUCAUCCUGUUCAGCCCUCCCUGGCCGAACAUGGAACGCCCGUCCCCUGUGGAGGCCAGCAAGGCACCCCUCAGCCCGGUGAAAUCCAGUCCGGAGUCACAGGCGCCAGAGCCAGAUCACCCAAUUCCUGGCAGCCACUCAGCGGAACUUACCGAGAGUCAGAAAGGGCCAGAGGGGGUCACCCUUCGAAAUCGCAUGAGCGUGCCUAAAAGUGGGCAGAGGCUAGAGACCUCAACCAGUUGCUUCUACCAGCCCCAGAGGAGAUCCAUGGUGUUUGAAAAUAGAAGCGGCAGGCAAAUCGAAUGACUGCUUUUAAUGAUCUCACAGACUAUGGAGACUUGACAAAAGAUUCUAUUUUUUAAUGACUCGUUUCAUCGCCAACACCUUAUGUAUUCUUCCUCCCAAGCUCAAACAGCUCACAGUUUUAAAGUAUAUGUCAGACUAAGAAGGGGGUAGAGAAUGUAAAAGAAUCCAGACUUGUACAUGGUAAGAAAUAAGGUUAUUUGGUUUACAAGGUAAGAUAACUUUAAAUGUUUAAAAUGCUAGGCCUUUAAUAAACAAGAAGGUGCUUGAUUCUAACUUUGGUUUCCACACAACAUAUCCAUGGUCAAAUCAAAAUGGGUGAAGGAUAAUGUAAAAUAGGCAAAGUAAUAAGAAAUAGUUCAUUAAAAAGAAUAUUUUAUAAGCUUUCUCAGAAUGAAAUCUGUGCCUUGAAUGUGUGGAAACUGGUAACUGCAAAAAUAUCAGUCCUGCUGAUGAAUCAUCUCUCACUUUAGCCUAAUUUCUACAAGGGGUACAUUACUGUAAUUAUCCUUACAUCUUCUAGUAAUACCUGUAAGAGAAAGAUUUUACUUUAUGUAUAAAUAAAUGCGGAGAAUCCAUUGUUGAUGUUUCAUGCACUUAAAGAUUGACUUUCAUUAUCAUUACGUGCUAUGCUGUUUUCCUAUUGGCUUCUAUCCCCAUUACUCUAUUACUGAUAUUAAUAGAGCAAUGGACAUUCAAAUUAUUUCCCCUUCCAAAUCUGGAUUCAUUUCUUUGUACCUCAUGGAAAAGUUAAAAAAAAACUGGCAAAUUAUGAAGUAAAGAGUGACUUUUGACCAAAGCAGAUAAUCUAUUUAGACAUACUACUAGAUUAUUUAUCUCAAUGCAAAACCAUCUCAAAGAGUAAACGUCGGUGUUUCUGUAAAUGCUUUAUCAUCUCGGUUUCCAAUGUUAAUGUACUUCUCAUAUGUAUUGAAAUUAUUUCUAUAUUGUCAAAUAUUAAAUAUAAGUAUUUUUUGUCAAGUAUGAGAAUUAAAUAGUUUGAACACGA